AUGACUGAAAUAGCUACACUAAUAUCUAAUGAUCUACAACAAAAUUUAUCGUCAGAAAUAGUUAAUCUAUCUUCUGAUACAAAUGAAACAAUAUUAUUAACAACAGGAACAACUAAUCCAAUGUUGGAUUCAACUGUUAUUGAUGAGCCACCAACAAAAAAAUGUAAAAUAACAACAAAUGAUAAACCUCGUUUACUUGAAGAACGCCUUAGUUCUAUUUUAUCAUGUUGUAUUUGUUUGGAUCUUUCAACAUUACCGAUAUUUCAAUGUAUUAAUGGACAUCUUAUGUGUGCUUCAUGUUUUAAUCAUUUAUUAGCUGAUUGUAAAUUAAAAGAUGAACAGACAACAUGUCCCAAUUGUCGUUGCGAAAUUUCUAAAUCGAAUUGUACGAGAAAUUUAGCAGUGGAAAAAACCAUAUCAGAAUUACCAAUACAAUGUGAUUAUUGUUUGCAAAUAUUUUUGCGUUCAGAAAUAAAAACUCAUCAAUCACAAAAUUGUCUUGAUCGACCUACAGUAUGUGAUUAUUCAUUACUUGGUUGUAAUUGGAAUGGACCAUUUCAUACGCUAUCAUCACAUCUAGCUGUAUGUCAGUAUCCGACUAAAAGUGGUUUAGAAUUAAUUGAUACAAUAGGGGCACAAAAACGUGCUUAUGAAGAAGAAAAAAAAUGUCUUGAAACAGUAGUUGAUUUACUUUCACUCAAUCAAAUUGGAGUUAGUGAUCUUAUUUUAAAACCAUUUCGAACAGAUGAUUUUGUUGCUAAACUUUAUUUUGAAACAUCACGUUUUACAGCAUUACAAUAUCAAUGGCAAGUACGUGCUCGUAUUAAUGAUAAUAUACCACAUCCACACACAACAGCUAUACGUUCAUUAAGUUAUCAAUUAGUACUUAAAUCUAAAAUAAGUCAAACAAUGGAUUUAAAAUUUUUUAUACUCAAAGGACCACAUGGUGAUCCAUCAACAUCACAAAUUCAACCAAUUAUUUAUCAUCAUGAAUUUAAUCAAAAUAAUACUGAAACAGAAUAUUUAAAAUUACCAAUAAGUUCACAAGAAUGUAAUAGAAUGUUAUCAUCAUCAUCGAUAAGUUUUCGUUUACUCAUGGUACAACUUGAUAAACCUUAA